CUUUCACUGAAUAACGCAUUUUCCUCUUCUUAGAUGACAUGCUUAUUAAACUAUGGGACUGGGACAAAAAGUGGUCCUGUUCGCAAGUAUUUGAAGGGCACACUCAUUAUGUGAUGCAGAUUGUCAUAAAUCCGAAGGACAAUAACCAGUUUGCUAGUGCUUCUUUGGACAGGACAAUCAAGGUAUGGCAGCUUGGCUCUUCUUCACCCAACUUCACUUUAGAAGGCCAUGAAAAGGGUGUAAAUUGUAUUGAUUACUACAGUGGAGGUGACAAACCAUAUCUAAUUUCAGGAGCAGAUGACCGCCUUGUUAAGAUCUGGGAUUAUCAGAAUAAAACCUGUGUCCAGACUCUAGAAGGACAUGCACAAAAUGUGUCAUGUGUUAGUUUUCAUCCUGAGCUGCCUAUUAUCAUCACUGGCUCUGAAGAUGGUAAUUGAGGUUUUUCAUUGACU